AUGCUCUGCUCUCUCUUUGCCCUUCUCUUGGGCACUUUCUUAGCGGGUGUCAGAGCACAGACUAUCCAUCAAUGGCCAUCUACCAAGGUGCAACUUAUGGGGAGCCCACUCUCCCUGGAGUGCACAGUGAAGGGGACAUCAAACCCCAACCUGUACUGGUACCGGCAGACUGAAGGAAGGGAUCUCCAGAUGCUCUUCUACUCCAUCAGUGUUAACCAGAUAGUCUCUCAGGCGCCCCAGAACUUCGAGGCCUCCAGAUCCCAGGAUGGCCACUUCAUCCUGCAUUCUAAGAAGCUCCUUCUCAACAACACUGGCUUCUAUCUCUGUGCUUGGAGUAUCACACUGAGCUGGGUGGGGCAGACCUCUGUGCAAAAACCCCACCCUCCCCUGAGUCCUCACCACACUCUCCAGGAGCCCUCACUCGGGGACUGGGUGGAGGGUAUUUGUCACUGGAUUUCUAAUGGUCAGCCAAUGUGA